AUGGAGAGCAGCAAGCAGCCAGUGAAGGAGGUGCUCCCCCUGCCUCGCCACCAUGUGGCCUCCUCCUCUCUGACCCCUGCUGCCAUUUCAACAAAGCACACCACAGGCUCCAUCCAGCAUGUACAGGUGGCCUCCUCAGUGGUGACAUCAUUCAACCAUCUGAAGCCUCCAGAGAGGGAUCUCACCCUGAUGUCUCAUAUGAAGUCUAUCAAGUCUCUGAGGCACGCCGGCUUUACUGCAGUCUUCACUGGACAAACGGUGAGGCACGUCUUUCAAGACAAACAUGAAGUGGUACCAAUUGUCGACGUGAUCCUGGCCGACAUCGACUCCCUGGUGCCCACUCACGAUGAAGCCGGCCACCCCAUAGCAGAGUGGAAACGACAGGUGAUGGUGCGGCAGCUGCAGGUCAGGCUGCAGGAUGAGGAGGAACAGAGGAGACAGGACAUGCCUAAUGGCUACACACCAGUGGACGGCUGGAAGUACUCCCAAGCCCACAAUGCGGUGUUGGGGCCUUUUGGUGAGCUCCUAACUGAGGACGACUUGGUGUACCUGCAGCAGCAGAUCGAGACUGUUUCACUGCAGAAACGCUGCCAGGCCUAUGAGCUGGAGCUGACCAGGCUGACUGAGGAGCUGAGGGCCAUUCUACCUGAUCCCAUUGUCAACAUCUCCCUCAACAAAGAGGUCCUACAGCAGAUGGACGCAGAGGGGAAAAUGCAGCUGACUUUGCCAGUGUGGUGCAGUCGUGUUUCAGAGAUUGUCAAGAGUAUGUCUCUGCUGGUGGCUAAUCUGACCCAAACCACAAAAGAAGGGGGUGAAAGGAGAAUAACCUCUAGUGGAUGUAGGAUACCUCACAUAGGUAUGGCGUCUGCAUUUAGCCAUCGUUUGGAGACCAACAGCUACAGCAGAGCACAGAGAGAGAGGGUGGAGAGGGAAAUCCAACAGUCUGGAGUGUCGGUCAGAAACCUCAGAUCCAACUUUGAAGGUCAGAUUGGUGGGAUAUAUCCCUUCGCUGGCAUUGUGAAGGGAGGCCAGGGGUUGAAUAACCAGGCAGUGGUUGGGGCUUCAGGAGGGAACAACCAGAAUGCCAGCACAGGCCUCAGCUGUGACAUGAGCCAUGGAGAUACUCCUAAUGAACCUAUACCUGUGAUGGAGACCACCAGCCUAAGGAAAGAGCGUAUAGUGGUGCUGUUCCUGAGCCACUGGAAGAAGUCUGCAUACGCUAUUUCAGUGAGAGCAUUGAGGCAAAGGGAGGGACAGGAGGCAGCAUCAGAGAGUGUAACAGCAGCACUGCCCCAACAGAAAAUCACCUCCAUGUUUCAGUUUUGCCAACAGCGAGGCGCUGUGGACAAGAUGCUAAACUCCUGGAGGAAUAAACUAGAACUCAAAGAGGGGCAAAAGUUCUGUUUGUCCUCCUCUAACCCACAAAAUCCACCCUCUCGAGUGACCUACUCUCCAGAGCAAUUCCUGCCCGAUGUGGACGGUGUUGCAGUGAACCACGACAGCUUGACCCUUGAACUCUUCAUGCUUGGAUACUUCCACAUCUUAGAGCAAGAACUGUCGCCUGAGGAGAGGAAGAUGAGGCAUCUCCUCUGCUUUGAGGUCUUUGACCACGUUGGCAGCUUCCCCUGGGAGACGGUGCGCGACUUCCACAAGGCCGUUCUCCAGGAAAUCCAGGCUGGGAGGCGACAGUGGAGCGACGGCUUCGAGGACAUCAAAGUUCACUUCUUUGGGAACUCGAGACCAUGCCGCUGUCCAUCAUCGCCACCAUCGCCGUCAUCAUCAUCAUCUCUUUUGCCAGAUUCCACACUAGUACCCAAAGUUAUAGUCCAAACUGCUACUCCAGAGGAAUGCAGCAGAGACACAGACUUCUCCUGUUUCAACAAUGAAGACAUUUGUAAAUACAUUGAUCGCAGCUUUGCUUUCUGGAAAGAAAAGGAGGCAGAACUGUUUGAU